AGUAACGUCGGGCCGGGUCAGCGGGCGCUGCAGUAGUCGCCGCAGCGGCGAUGGGAGCGGUAGGGACGAGGAGGCGGCGGCGGCAGGAGGAGGAGGAGGAGCAGGGGCUGGCACGAGAGCAGCGGCCCGGGGCAAUCCGCAGCAAUACCCGCAGCCGCCGCCGCCGCCUUUAGACGCGGACGGCAUCCGAGGGGACCGCGGGCCGUCUAAGCCGCGCUCCGGUCCCGCCGCAGUGGGCGGCGGGGGAUGGGCAGGCGGUGGCGGGCCCGCCUGCUGAGCGGUGACUCCUGCCGGUGCGGACCCUGAGCUAGACCCUAGUCCUCCGUCAGAGAUCCUGCGUCCGCCGCGGCCCAGGAUUGCUUUGGCUGGGAUUAAGAUAUGAACCACUAUACCCAGCUGCAAAAGACAUUUUAACACCAUUUGCAGUAUCAGACAUGGAACCUAGACUAGAAUUGUAAAACCGGUAAGAUCAAGUGCCUAUUGAAAGAGACUCACUCUUGGCUAAGAAGAGAAGUGGGACAUAGGUUAAAUGGAAUCCACCCUUGGGAGCUAGAUGCUUGUGUAGCUGUUUUACCUCAUCAGGGUUUUGCAAUGAGUGGAGGAGGAGAGCAGCCAGAUAUUCUCAGUGUUGGAAUCCUGGUCAAAGAAAGAUGGAAAGUGUUAAGAAAGAUUGGGGGUGGGGGUUUUGGAGAAAUUUACGAUGCCUUGGACAUGCUCACCAGAGAGAAUGUGGCUCUGAAGGUGGAGUCAGCUCAGCAGCCAAAGCAGGUUCUGAAGAUGGAGGUUGCUGUGUUGAAGAAACUGCAAGGGAAAGACCAUGUUUGUAGAUUUAUUGGCUGUGGGAGAAAUGAUCGUUUCAACUACGUGGUCAUGCAAUUGCAGGGACGGAAUCUGGCAGAUCUUCGACGUAGCCAAUCCCGGGGCACAUUCACUAUUAGCACUACUCUUCGUCUUGGGAAACAGAUUCUGGAGUCUAUUGAAAGCAUACAUUCUGUGGGAUUCCUUCACAGAGACAUCAAACCGUCAAACUUCGCCAUGGGACGCUUCCCCAGUACCUGUAGGAAAUGUUUCAUGCUUGAUUUUGGCUUGGCUCGACAAUUUACUAAUUCCUGUGGUGACGUCAGACCACCUCGUGCUGUGGCAGGCUUUCGAGGGACAGUUCGUUAUGCAUCAAUCAAUGCUCAUCGGAACAGGGAAAUGGGAAGACAUGAUGACCUUUGGUCUUUAUUCUACAUGUUGGUGGAGUUUGUGGUUGGUCAACUGCCCUGGAGGAAAAUAAAGGACAAGGAGCAAGUAGGCUCCAUUAAGGAGAGAUAUGACCACAGGCUCAUGUUAAAACACCUCCCUCCAGAAUUCAGCACCUUUCUUGACCAUAUUUCCUCUUUGGAUUAUUUUACAAAGCCAGACUACCAGCUUCUAACAUCCGUGUUUGACAAUAGCAUCAAGACCUUUGGAGUAAUUGAGAGUGACCCGUUUGACUGGGAGAAGAGUGGAACUGACGGCUCCCUGACGACCACCACCACCUCUGCCACCCCUCAGCUGCACACCCGCCUGACCCCUGCUGCUAUUGGAAUUGCAAAUGCCACCCCCAUCCCAGGAGACUUGCUUCGAGAAAAUACAGAUGAAGUGUUUCCAGAUGAACAGCUUAGUGAUGGGGAGAAUGGAAUCCCUGUUGGUGUAUCACCAGAUAAAUUGCCUGGGUCUCUGGGGCACCCUCGCCCUCAGGAAAAGGAUGUCUGGGAAGAGAUGGAUAUCAACAAGAACAAGAUAAAACUCGGGAUUUGUAAAGCAGCUACUGAAGAAGAAAAUAGCCAUGGUCAAGUAAAUGGUAUACUCAAUGCUCCAAGCCUUGGUUCACCAAUUCGUGUCCGAUCAGAGAUUACUCAGCCAGACAGAGAGGUUCCAUUAGUAAGGAAGCUACGUUCUAUUCACAGCUUUGAGCUGGAAAAACGUUUGACACUUGAGCCAAAGCCAGAUACUGACAAGUUUCUGGAGACCUGCAUGGAGAAAAUGCAGAAAGAUUCCAGUGCAGGAAAAGAACCUGUUCUCCCUGCUCUGCCUCAUAAGCCUUGUGUCCCUGUUGUGUCCCGCACUGACCACAUCUGGCACUAUGAUGAAGAAUAUCUUCCUGACGCCUCCAAGCCUGCCUCUGCCAACACCCCGGAGCAGGCAGAUGGUGGUGGCAGCAAUGGAUUUAUAGCUGUUAACUUAAGCUCUUGCAAACAGGAGGUUGAUUCCAAAGAAUGGGUGAUUGUGGACAAGGAGCAAGACCUUCAAGACUUUAGGACAAAUGAGGUGUUAGGCCAUAAGACAACUGGAAGCCCUUCAGAUGAGGAGCCUGAAGUGCUUCAGGUCCUUGAGGGGUCACCUCAAGAUGAAAAGAUCCAAGUAGGUCCUUGGACUGACAACCAUCACUUAAAGAAGGAAAGCUCAGGUGUGGUUUUAGCACUUUCUGCUGAAUGCCCUGCUACUGCUGCUUCAGAACUGUACACAGAUAGGCUAGACCUCCAGGCUGGAGCUGCAAGUCAGUUCAUCACAGUGACUCCCACGAGUCCCAUGGAGGCACAGGCAGAAGGACCCCUGACUGCGAUUACAAUUCCUAGACCUUCUGUGGCAUCAACACAGUCAACUUCAGGAAGCUUUCACUAUGGUCCACAACCAGAGAAGAAAGAUCUUCAGCCCUUGGAGCCCACUGUAGAACUGUACUCUCCAAGGGAGAACUUCUCGGGCUUGGUUGUGACAGAGGGUGAACUAGCUAGCGGAGGAAGCAGAGUGGAUUUGGGACUUCAGAUAGAUCACACUGGUCAUGACAUGAUACCCAACAUGAGAGAUGGUGACACAUCUCAAGACUUGGGACCAAAAGACCCUCCUGACCAUAAUAGAUUAGCUGUGAAAGAAUUUGAACAUCUCCCUGGAGAAACAGAAGAGAAAAGCGUUCUUCUGGGCUCAGAGAAUGAAGAUGAGAAGUUAAAUGAAGGGCAGCACUGUAUUGAAAUCUCUCUCCCAGGAGAUUUAGUGACCGCAGAAAGGGAUCAGUCAGCUACCACAGAACCUCUGGAUGUGUCAAAGACACAGAACUUUAGUGUGAUACCAAAUCAGGACAAAACCCAUGAGAUAAUGAAGCUUUUGGCAGUUGGAACGUCAGAAAUUUCUCCACAAGCCAUUGACCCACAUCCUGAAGGGCAGAUAGGCCAGAUGGCAGCAAUGCAGAAAAAUAAGCUAUUUAAAGAUGAUGGUAUUCAGAGUGAAAGCUUGCCAGGGCAGCAGGGAGACCUCUCUGUUUAUUUGCACCAAGAGGGUAAGAGAGAGAAAGUUGUCCCUAGAAAUGGAGAGCUCUAUCAUUGUGUCUCAGAGAAUGAGCAUGGGCCUCCUACUCGGAAGGACAUGCUUCGGUCAUCCUUUGUGACCAGGCACAGCCGGAUCCCUGUUUUAGCACAAGAAAUAGAUUCAACUUUUGAAUCAUCCUCCGCAGUGUCUGCAAAAGAAAAGCUUCUACAGAAGAAAGCCUAUCAGCCAGAAAUAGUCAAACUUCUGGUAGAAAAAAGGCAGUUCAAGUCUUUCCUGGGGGAUCUCUCAAGUGCCUCUGAUAAGCUCAUAGAGGAGAAACUAGCCGCUGCUCCAGUUCCCUUGUCUGAGGAGGAAGUCUUCACUCCCUUUUCCAGACUGGCAGCAGACUCCCACCUGAGUAGAUCAGUUGAAGAUAGCUUUCUGUCACCCGUCAUCUCCCAGGCUAGAAAGAGCAAGAUCCCAAGGCCAGUAUCCUGGGUCAGCACAGAUCAAAUUAAUAGCUCCGCUUCACCUCAGUUCUUGCCUCGGCCGCCACCGGGAAAGCCACCAGUCAGGCCUGGAGUAGAAGCCAGGCUACGCAGAUAUAAAGUUCUAGGGAGUAGUAACUCUGACUCAGACCUUUUCUCUCGCCUGGCCCAAAUUCUUCAAAAUGGAUCUCAGAAAUCCCGGAGUACUACCCAAUGCAAGAGCCCAGGAUCUCCUCACAAUCCAAAAACACCACCCAAGAGUCCAGUUGUACCUCGAAGGAGUCCCAGUGCCUCUCCUCGAAGCUCAUCCUUGCCUCGAACAUCUAGUUCCUCACCAUCUAGGGCUGGACGGCCCCACCAUGACCAGAGGAGUUCUUCCCCACAUCUGGGGAGAAGCAAGUCACCCCCUAGCCACUCAGGAUCAUCGUCCUCCAGGAGGUCCUGCCAACAGGAGCAUUGCAAACCCAGCAAGAAUGGCCCAAAAGGAUCUGGCAGCCUCCACCACCACUCAACCAGCUCUAAAACUCCCCCAGGGAAGAGUAAGCCAGCCAGUAAACUCAGCAGAUAGGAAGUGAGCAGGCUGCAUCUCUGGGAAAGGUGUGAGAUCUUCCUCCUAGACCUGAUGCAUGUGUGUCCCUGUACUGUCUGUUUCAAACAAUCAGUGUUGAUCUUCUCUUACAAAAGAAAGUGACAUCAUCAGUUAUUUAUAACAAGAUAUAAGUAUAAUCAGCUAGGGCAGGCAGGAAGCACAUCAAAAGUCCAUGCCUCUGCAUAGGAAGCUUCAGUCCAGCAGUGUUGAAGGGAAAGAAACUCACUACCUGAGCUCUUGUUUAUAGCUGCCUUUGAAACAGAAAAUUGAGGAUAGGAAAUAGAAUGGGAUUUUAGAUGAUUUUGCCUAAUUUGUUAAUCUUCUACUCAAAAAGUAUAUAGCAAAAUUGAUAUUUUUAUUUAAAACUUCCUAACCUUGGAGAGUCAUUGCGCAGACAUUCAAAUAUAAGAAGCCUGUUGCCAGGAAACCAUUACCUGGGUAUAUUUGGUUUGUGUGUUUAUUUAGUGAAUCUACACCUUUCUUUCCACUCAUUCCUAGUAUCUUCCCUGGAUUUUACAUUUUUUUAAAGUUAAUGUUUUUACCUCUUACUUUAAUAAUAACCCCUAAUAACACUCUAAAAUCCAAUUACCUUUAUUUAGUCAAACCUUGCUAUUUUACCCUUGAGCAACAGUUCUUAUUCUUAACUCCUAUAUUUUUAUCUCAAAAAUUUAAGAAAUGUCUAGCUAGAGCUAUUUUGGGCAAGUGUGUCUGGAGAGGGACAGAGAGUGGGACAAUGGCUUUCAAAGGUACAAGCGCCUUUCCCCUGACUGCGCUUCCUCCUCGCAGGAGACUGUGGAGGAGACAGCUUCCCUGGGUUCUUUCUAGUGUCAGCCUUCAGGAUGAUAGAGGAAAGAAUAACACUUCGGAAUGUGGCUUAUACUUUUAGAGAUUUAGGAAAAAUAUGUUACUGAGGCUUACAAUCAGAUUUUGUAUUUUAUACAUUUAACCAAUAAGGAAUGAAUAUCUGGGAAAUAAAUUUAGACUAAAUAGUUUUCUUUCAAUGUUUUUAUUACCUGGUUCUUGUGUUGGUUAAUGCUUGGGCUUCUUAGCCUGAUUUCCACAUUUAUAAGACGUAAGUUUAAUUAGCUAGGGCAGGCAGGAAGCACAUCAAGAGUCCAUGCCUCUGCAUAGGAAGCGUCAGUCCAGCACAGUCCAAGGGGAAGAAACUCAGUCCUGAGCUCUUGUUUAUAGCUGCUUUUGACAUCUAAAUUUCAGUUUAUAAAGCUGUAAAGAUGAUCAUAUUUGUUCUAAUCUCACUCUCUUACUAGCAGAAAUCAGGCAAAUUAAAGAUACCAGACUUUUUAAGUGGACUAUUUGAUGCUCUGUGGGUGUAUAAAAAUCUUAUUGAGGUCAGGGAAAUUGAUCUGCCUGCUGUUGAAAUCUGCCUUCUAACAAACAUCUACUUUUUGACUUUGUAUUGCUGCCAAACCUAUAACCGUUGAAUUUCAGGAGUAGGGGUGGAAAAGGAAACGUGUUUCUUCACUAAGUGAGCAUGUUCCAGUGGUGCAUCCCAGCUGCCCUGGUGCUGCACUAACUUAGCUUGCUCUGUGUUGAGCAUUUUCAAACUUGGGACACUACACUGAGACAUAAGGUCUCCCAUGAGAAAUAUGGCAUAGUGUGGAAUCUUAAUUUCUUUCCAGGUUCAGGCACUUGAGAGCCGUGCAGUAGGGAAGGCACAUUUGUUGUUUAUCUAUUACAGCUGUAAUAAUGGAGUCUGAUCCUUAUGUAUUAUAUUGUAUAACAGUUGCUACAGUACUGCUUGCAUGUCUUUCAUGGUAAAUUAUAUAAAUAUUUAUAAAUAUAGAGACAUAUGCUUAUAUAAAUCCAUUUUUUCUCAUUCUGCAUUUGUAAUUUCAAGAUUAUAGAUGAUAAAAUUCCUUUUCUAUUGUGUGCCUCAUGUACACUUGGGCAUUGCCUGUCUUCAUUUUCUGAACACAUGUUCUUGGCAUGUGAUCCCUAAGAGUUGUCCUGCCUUCCAGGUGCACAGCGCAGCAGCUGGCAGUUGUUACCAAGCCAAGGUGUAAGGUACUUAAUUUUCACUUAAAAAGUAUUUUAAUAGGGGAAAAUUUUAACAAGAUAUGCUUGUAAUACAGGCUCAAAGAUUACUCAUGUUAGCCACAUAGUUCUGUCCAUAUAGUUAGAGUGGAUAGAUGGGCAUUAUAAUUAUGCAGCUGACAUCAACUGUUUUUUAAAACAUUUCCUGAAAGUUGCCUCUUCCAUGUCACCCUUUUGAAGGGAAGUGGGGAUGGGAUGUAGGGUAACUGAAUUAUUCCUUUCUGUUACAUUAGCUAGAUGCUAAAAGUAGCUGGCUUUCUCCCUGUCCUCUAGUCAAACCUGUGCUAAUAGUAACUGGGAGAGCUAACAGGGCCCAGCCUUUUUCCUUUGUGAAUCUCUCUGCUGGCAGUCAUGCUGAACAGGAUGCCUUCUGUCUGUCUUUCAGUGUGUUGCCUCCUUUUCUGCAGCCGUUCACAAACUCAUCAACAUCCAGAGACAAACGCCUCAUUAUUAUGUGAGAAUGUUUUAUUUUGUAUGUAGGGAAAGAGCCAACCAAAGAUGUAUCCGGAAGAAAAGGGAAUGGACUAAUUAUGUCGGAUGUAUCAGUAGUUUUAUUGAGUGCUGUCCUGAUACAGAGGUGAAAAAGUAGGACUGGGUGUGAUGGCACACACUUUGAUCCUAGCACUCUGGAGGAUGGGGCAAGUGGAUUUCUGAGUUUGAGGCCUA